GUAAUGGAGUUGUUGUGGUUGUUCAUCCUAAUGAUAAAUGACCUAGAAAUUAGUGACAGCAAUAUAUGGAAAUUCGUUGAUGACGUCACUUUAGACGAAACUGUGAAGAAAAAUGAAGAAAGCAAUAUUCAAUCGAUUUUAGAUGAUCUAUCCAUACAAAUUUCUGAGGCAAAAUUUAAACUUAACGAAACCAAGUCCAAGUGUAAAGAGUUACUAAUCGGGUUUUGUAAACCAAGAACAAGGUUUGAUCCUAUUACGGUAAAUGAUAAGAGCUUGGAAGUGGUUGAUAGUGUGAAAAUCCUUGGACUGAAUAUCUCUGACAACCUGAAAUGGAACAAUCUUAUAGAGUAAAUGUCAGUUGUAAAAGUACGAUUGGAAAGAAAACGUUUUGCCAUGUGUGAUGUUAAAUGCUCGCUAUUUAUAAACUUACAUAUCGACGCAUCAAGAUUCAAGACAACACAGAGAAAGUCGAUCAUCAACUCAGGCAUGGCUACAUUUGAACAGAGAGAUUUAAAUCUCCUUGUACCUCUGGUUAAAAUUGACAAGUUAGAUUUAACCAAAUUUCAAGACACAAAUAUCAAAGAAAAAACAAACAUAAACUGCAAAAAACGAAGUGCUGUAAACAAGAAGAAGAGGUUAAGGGUACUAAGAAUGAAAGCAAAGUACAACUGUUUGGACUGUCCUGAACAAUUCAGUAACAAAAGGAUCUAUUUAAAACACAAACAUAUACAUGAUUCUAGGAAACCUCAUCAAUGUUCAACCUGUCACAAAAUAUUUCCAAAGAGAAAAAACUUGCGUAGACAUAAACUCUUACAUGCAGAUAAAAAGCCGUUUUCUUGCGAUGUUUGUGGCAGGGAAUUCAUUGAUUACUCGUCAAUGAGGAGACAUAAAUGGUUACAUACUGGAAAGAAGCCUUAUCAUUGUAAAAUAUGUGGGAAAUCUUUUCCUUUUGAAUCAUACUUGACAAAUCACAACCGGACACAUACUGGAGUAAAGCCUUAUUCAUGUCCUGAGUGCGAUCAAACAUUUUCUCAAAGUGUGUCUUUAUUGCGGCAUAAGAAAAUGCACAGUGCCGAGCGACCAUAUUCAUGCGAGUAUUGCUCCAAAAGGUUUAAGACACCCAGGUGUCUAAGCGUACAUACGAAAAUUCACACUGGGGAAAGAAGAUACAUUUGUGAAACAUGUGGCAAGGGUUUCAUCACUGCCGGAGCCCUCGGGAAGCAUAAACCAGUUCAUGCAAGGAAAGAAAUCCCUAAACCCUUCAAAUGCGGUGUUUGCCAGCAAUCGUUCUUUACGCAUGUAAGGCACAGGAAACAAUGUCCAAAAGCAACGCUUUUCAGUUGUAAUGUCUGUGGAGAAAGGCUCACCAGGAUUGUUGAUAUGUGUGUGCACAGGAGAAUGCAUACUGGGAGAAAGCACUUGAUGUGUGAUUUUUGCGGAAAGAAAGAUUUCCCCACUGCAAGAUAUCUACGAGCACAUGUGAAUGUUCACACAAAAGAGAAAAUAUAUCGGUGUGAUUCAUGUGUGAUGAGUUUUACCAGUGAACAGGCAUUGAAAAGGCACAAAAGGGCGCAUUGUAAGAAAUUAGGCAAAAAGCCGAGGAAGAAAUGUAAUGUUUGUCAUCGGUCAUUUUGUCGGGUUGAUGUUCUGCGUGCUCACCAACAACAAGAGCAUUCUUUGACGCAAAUUGGCGGUGGAAGAAGUGGGUAUGUUUGUGGUUUAUGUAGAAGAGAGUUUUCCACAUUCAAUCUCCUGGAGGCGCAUAAAGAAUACCACACUGGAGAGAGAGAGUCUGAUGUUGUACCACACAAUGAGUUUGGUAGCAAAGAUGGUGAACUCGAGCCAACUGGAACAAUGUAUGGCUGUUUUGAAUGUGGUGAGGAGUUCAGCCUGGCCAACGAUCUUGUUGAGCAUGACAAGCUUCAUAAAAUUUAAAUGUGAACUUGUUUAGAUGAGAUUAACAUUUUUAACUAAGAUUUAUUGUAUUUUCUGUCACUUGAACUAUGUGUUAAUACAUAAUAGUUUAGUAUUUUAGAAGAAUAAUUUUAAUGUUUUUAUAGUUGCAUGAGGAACUUUAGUUAUUCAUACUAAGUUUGUUUAUACAUUUGAUUAAACAUUGGAAGUUCAUUAGUGAAGGACAUGUUAAAUAUCAUUUGAGUCAUUUGAUUUCAUUAGACUCUCUGUGAAGUUUCAUUUGAAGGUCUAAAAACU